AGUGACAACCAACAGAAUGAUGACCAACCAAGUGAUAACAAACUUAGUGACAACCAACCAAGUAAUAAUCAACCAAGUGACAACCAACUAUGUGACGAUCAACUAAGUAAUGACCAACUAAGUGACGACCAACUAAAUGAUGACCAACUAAGUACAGCUGCUACUAUGAUCGCUAGAUCUAGUUGUUCUUAUAUAGAAGAUGUAGACAUUAGUAACGAUAAAGUAGAUACAAAUGAAGUGAAUAUAAAUGAUGAUGAAAAGGAUAUAAAUGAGGUUUUUAAUGAAGGGUCUGAGGAAUCUGAAGUUAAAUUAGAAAAAAUUUCUCUGGAAGACCCGAUCUAUAAACUCUUCCACAGCAGAGAUAUUACAAAAUCAAAUAGUGAAUUUCUUUUAUGCGGUGGGUAUGGUAAAAAGGCUUUACCAAAAAGUGUUUUAAGUG